CGUUGCUAAGACAACAUCAAGAACCCAUUUUAGUGUUUUUAUCAAACUUUAGUUAGCACGCUACUAAACAGAGGCAAGGAGACAUUCGUAAAUUCCAGUUUUUUGUUAAGAAGAUAGCAAAAACAUGGCUGACAACGAAGUUGCUUACACAGAAUCGCCAACUAAAGCGACUGAUGUAACAGAGGAUAAGCUGAAAGACUUGGGCGAAACACCGGAAGUAGAGUCACCAGCUCGCGCCAAAACACGCACGCGCUCACAGAUACUAGGCGAGCUUCUGCGCGUGCGCAAGAAAAUGGACUCCGUGCAAGGAAUAGUGACGCCACAGCCGGUGAAACCUUACACUCCCGACACCUACAACAGCCUUGCGUCGUACUACAACAAGUACAUUGUGGAUUACAUGAUACACGACCAGGAAGACGUUGUUCACAGACCUGGAUGGGGUCUAAGGGCGACCUCACUAAAAAUAGUUGAGCCCGAAGUUUCAUGGAGAAUGGAUAAUUUUCCCGGACCCAUCUACGACUCGGUGGUACCAAGAGGAUUCUACAAAACACAAACCUGGAGCAAAAACUUGUCCGGUUUAGAGAAGGACCUGGGUAGCACGCACCUCCCGCCUAUCCCGAAGGUCAGCUAUCCUCGCUUCAAGCAGGAGAAUUAUCAGCAUUUCAACAUGAACUACGCCCACGUGCAACCAUUUAGAGCGGAGGUGAAAAGCCUUCAAGACGGUAUGUACAAGAGAAAGAUGGAGAACGACUAUCAACGUACCGUGAAGGACUGGCAACGAAUGAACCUUGCCGAGCUAUCCCAGCUUCCACCGCAGUCGCAGUAUCACGUCAAGAAAGCCAUCACUACGUAUCUAGGCAACAGUAAAGGGAGCAUAAAGGCUCUGAAUCCGCUGGUCAAGGAAUUCCGAGGCUCAAGAACAAGCGUCAAUGGUGCUUCGUAACAAGACAUUCUACCGGGGAAGCAGGGAUGGAAAAAGGACUUCCUCUUUUUUAACUGGAUAAGAGAAAAGGAUGCAGAUCUUUACACGGCUCAGCAAACGUAUACAAGAGGGUAGGAUUUUAGGACACAAUGAGAUACAGACAGCGUAAAGAAUCCCCUUUAAACUGCUCGAGAGGACAGUAUUGCCGUCAUGACAUACAUAAUAGCAAGGUUUAUUUCAGUCAAUCAAGAAAGCUCAACUUAACAUUUUGAUGGCGACGAGUAACAUAUCUGAAUAAAAAGGCAACAAUUGCUCCGUUGUAACAUAGAUAUAUAGAAUAAAUUGUGUGUAUUACUUUAAUGAAUAAAACAAAGUUGUUAUUCGUA